UUAUAUAAACCCAUCCCAGUUGACCAUCCCCACUCCGACAGCCCAUCCCACAUCCAGCUCAACCAGCCUGUUGACCAUCCAUCUAACCAUCCACAACCAAACCACACCACAUCUCAUCAUGCCUUCCAACUCAACCUCAUCCACCAGCUGCAGCAUCUACCCAAUCGACCAUCCAACCCUACCUGCCGGAUUGCCAUCCCAGGAGUAUAAACAUCACACCAUGAAGUCUACCAUCACCGGCGCCAUCCAGGAGAUCGUCAUCAUCGAGUCCAACCAGGGAACCUCCUUCGAAAUCAGUCUCGACAUCAAGCCCACUGCCUACGCUGCCCUACACCAACAGAGCUCAGCCAAGGAGUCGACCAACAACAGAAACAAUCCCCCACUCAGAGAGGACGACUAUCUGAUCUACGUCCUGCUCGAUGGCAUCAACAUUCAACGAUCAAAGAGACACCGCUUCCAACGCACCCCAACCAGAAUAUCAGGUGUCUAUUCUAGCGACAGAUCCUCAUCCCGCUCAUUCCAAUUUGGCUCCAUCCAGCUCGUCGAUCCAGAUGACCAUCCUCACUCAGCACAAGACCCAGCAGACCAGAUCUGUGAGGAUGAGAAAAUCAUACAGGCACUCGGUACCAUCCAGGUUAAUAUCGUCAAAUGCACCCUCGGCUCACCUCAACCCGUCCCACGACGCAUAGCCAGAGCUAACCAGCCAUCUCAUCGAGCUAACUCUAACCAACGAUGCGCUGCCAAUCUCCGUACCACCAAUCAGAUGAAGUUCUCAGAACGUAGCAAGAAGGCCUGUCAGCUCAACACCGCCGGCCUCAGCCAACCGAUCCCUUCUACUCACAACGGACGUGGUGGGGCUGGAAUACCGUUCCCGGGUAAAAAAACAAUUCGACCCGUCGUCCAUGAAGAGCCAAACCCAUUCCUUCAGUUUAUCUUCAGGUAUAAACCCAGGGCGAUCCUAGAGGCCGAAGGUAUUAUUGCCCCACCACCACCCCCACCACCAUCACCACCACGUCACUCUUCAGAAGGUAAGUUGAAAAAAUCCGACACGCGUCGGUCCUCUUCCAAGAACUCGCCGGCUAGCAAUACAGCUCUUUCGGGUCAACAUGACUAUCAAUCCAACUCGGAGCUACACAAAUCUUCUCUCAAUCCGAAUGCGUCUGUUGCCAACGAAAGGGAUGAAAAGAAACCGAAAGUGCAGUCGCAGCCGGUCUAUAUAGAUAUUCACUCGGACUCAGAGUCGGAUUCGCGCACGAAGGGCGACAAGGGAACUAUGCGAAGGACUACUAGUAACACGACUACUGGUGGGCUCUUCCCGAAGCCCGAGCCGCGCGACCAAGAUACUCGUAAGGCCCCAGGGAAUUCGGCCAUCGAAUCUAAGAAACGGGCUAGGUCGAUCACCGUCGAUCUCAAGCCGAGUAACAAACGAGUGUCCCUCGGCGACGGUCCCUCGUCUAGUUCUACGGGUGGAAACGCUUCCGGAAGUCGAGCUGCGAAUGGACGCCAUAACUCGAGCCAAGUGCCCAAGACUGAGCUCAAGGAGAACAUUCCUCAGCCAACGAACAGGACGACGAUGGCGACGAUCAAGACCAAGUCUGGUAACAAGCAAUACAGACAGAACGUCAGUUCUUAUGCCGAAGAUAGUUCGGAUGAUGACGAUCAGUUGAAAACCAAGAUCGCCGCCCCCGCUGCUGGUUCUACUGCCUCCCACUCCACCAGACUCGCUAAGACCGAGCACGAUGUGCACGAAGACGCUAAGAAACCGUCGCCCCAAUCGCUCAACCACCUCAAUAAUAAGAUCAACAGUCGUCGAUCGGCAACUAGUUCUCAUCAUCACAAUCAACAACCUCAAGCAUCGAACUUCUUUGACUUGACCGGAACCGAUGAUGAAAGCGACUAAACUAUCUCAUUAUUUGAUCCCUGGGAAACUCUUGAGUCGACAAUAUUCUUGGAGUGCAAAGCCUCCCCCCUCACACAAAAAAAAAAUAGAUUAUAGAACAUUUAUAUCAUUAUAUUCUUUAUUACUCUUACCAUUACGAUGACGACGACAAAUAGACAGCCUAUAUGAAUAUAGACUCAUAUACUGAAAGACACAAAAGAUGAUCUUUCUGAUUACGAUUAUCAAUGAAUGUAGACUCCAGAUUUCAGAUCAUCGUGUCGAUUUUGAUUGUUCUUUUGUUUCACUCAUAUACGUUCGAUCAUCCCCCCCCCCCCCCUCCUUCCCCUUUCCUCCGUUUCUUUUUCUUUAU